CUAAAGCGGUGGAUAGGAUUCUGAUAAUCUAUCAGAUAUAUUUGUUUAACCAAUGCAUCAUCUGAUAAAGAGAUAAAAAAAAAAAAAGAAGCGCGGUAUGGAGGGUGACCGUAUUCUUAACAGAAACAAAUGGGGAGAAUUGUUUUCGUGAAAAUGUUAUAUUUGACAGAAAAUGAAGAAAAUACAAGUUUUCUUGCUUCUUUAUCUGUGUAUUUGUUAUAGCUACGGAUCACUAACGUGUAACAUAGAGAAACCUUGUUAUCAAUCACAGGAGAUUGAAUGUGAACUAACAGAGCGACCAUUCUCCCUCACAGAUCAUAGCGCUGGAACAAUAGUGGCAGACCCCAGGUGUCAAAAGGUCCAUGUAACCUCCCUGUCAAACCAGCAAACACACAUCACAAUAGAAUGGAACGCACCCCGUUCUCUUUAUCUCCGCGGAUUCCUGAUCCAGAUUGGCGACAGAUUGGAAACUUUAACAUUUCGAAGAUAUUAUAUGGUAUUUCCAGAACUUUCAUCAGACAAAUGCCUCAUUAGCAAAAUACAGAAUGUAACUUUUGAACUCCAUUGCGAAUACACUGGGCAUUCCACCAGGCUUGACGUCAUUCUCAAUAGCAUGCCCAUAUAUGGCGAAAAUGUUGCAUCCUUAGAUAAGUUUAUUACAAUCGACAUUUCAAGAAAAGGCAAGCCUCGGCAAGAGUCGUAUUAUCUCAACAGCUCCUGGCAAUCUGAUUACGAAAAGGCUAUUAUGUUUAAACCUGAAUAUGAAAAGGAAUGUCAAACAGAAACUCAGGAGAAGACUGGACCCCAGCUCUUGUAUACUAUCGUACUGAUCUGUUCCGCCUUCAUUAUCGUCAUCAUCAUAACAGCCGCCAUUUUACUUCGAAAUACACAAGGUGACAAUGAGUGCACCUUUCUCAGGGGAGGAAAGGAGAACGAUGGGGGACAGUGUGCUGUAAAUGUAGACCAAGAACCGUUAAAUAACGAAGUCUAUGCACAUAGAGACUGCUUUUCCCACGUCCACAAUUCACGAGGACAUGCUCUGCUUGAUGGCUCAUCAAUGAAAGAAUCUCUUGGUAGUAGUCUCCUCAACCUGUCCAGUUCCCAGUGUUCAAUUGCAACACAGGAAAUCGAGCGGUGCAUGCUCGAGAUAAACUUUGGGAGUCCAUAUAAUAACCUCAAUAAAUGAUGUUGCUGAUCA